AUGUAUAAAGCAAGUGAUAGGAAUAUCGCCACAUCUUUGUUUCUAUCAGUAUCGAUAACAAUAUUUUGGACACCCUCAGCGUAUAGGAAAAGUGAUACUAUAUUUUAUCUAAGAGACAUGUUGAAUAGCACGUUGUAUAACCAAGUAACUGACAACAAAAUGGAAACAGUAAUUGAAAACGAAGGAUGCACAAUUCCACAAGUUAUUUGGUCGCCUAAACAACUUUCAGAGUCGUAUAUGAAACCAGAAUUGUUAAAGCCCUGCCAGAGUAUUCGACACCCUCUACUCAAGAACAAUCAGACACAUAUCUGGGUUUUAGACGAGAACCUUCCCGACCACCACGUGAAUAAAUUUGUCAAUUUUGAAUGUUGCUACCAAGCAACGCAAUAUAUAAAAAGAAAGAACAAGUACACGAAGACCCAAUGUGAAUAUUUUAAAAAUUAUAUAAAAGCCGACGACGAGUAUGUAAGAGUGACAUGUCGAUAUAACCUGAAAGUUAUUUAUGAACAAUUUUUUGUCUUUGCUACAAAAAAACCUUUCACAGUGCAUAGACCACAUUCAUUUGUGAAACUUCAGAAUGAUACGGAGUACAAUGUAAUAAUACUGGGUCUCGGUUCCAUUUCUAGAGCAAAUUUCCACCGCACUAUGAGACAUACAUCUAAAUUUCUUGCAGAGAGAGGUGCAGUCGAACUACUUGGUUACAAUAAAGUGGCUGAAUCUACGUUUCUUAAUAUGAUGCCAGUUCUGACCGGCAUGGCUGGCAAACAACUUAAAAAGACCUGCUGGCCCAAAGCUCGUACUACACUUGACAGUUGUUCAUUCAUAUGGGAGAGAUUUAAAGAUGAAGGCUACUAUUCAGCAUUUAUAGAAGACUCUAACGGUAAUGGUAUUUUAAAAGAUAACAAUUAUGGUUUCUCCAGCCCACCAACGGAUUAUUACCUACAUCCCUCGUUUCACGAAACCAGCGGCAAAAAUAAUAUUUGCCUCGGAAAUGAAUUUAUUUAUAGCGUCAGCCUCGAUCACUUAGAAAAUAUUAUCUUUAGAACAAAAUCAUCAAAACUAUUUGCACUUUUCUGGGAAUCUUCGAUGAGUCACGAAUAUUUAAAUUUUCCGAUGGUAAUGGAUGAUACAUAUGCAGCAUUCCUUAGAAAUAUUGAACACUCGGGCUACCUCAAUGAGACUAUUUUGAUUGUAUUAAGCGACAGUGGCUUAAAAUCUUCCGGAGGUAAAUCACUUGGGGGAAAAUUCCUUGCAGAAUCUAAUCUUCCUAUAGCAAAUAUUUGGGUGCCUCAAUCAUUCCGUUCCGAAUACUCGGUGGCGUUCGAGAAUCUUAAAAUAAACAGUGGUCGCCUUACAACCGCUUUUGAUAUACAUGCGACUCUUAUCGAUCUUAUUGAUCUGUAUGCUAUACGGAAUCCAGAAAUUGCGACUAGAGCAUCUAUGAAUUACACAAACCGUAGAGGCAUAAGUCUAUUCCUCCCAAUAAGCGGCAGCAGGACGUGCGCACAAAGUGGAAUUAAGAAACGUCUUUGUGCUUGCAGAAAAAAUAAAAAAACCACAUUAAAAAAGAAACAUAAAAAGAAAGUACUCAGAUCAUGAACUAAGUAAAAAAAAUCUUAUAUUUAGAGUUGAUGUUAAUCUAAGGUCUAAAAUAUAAAUUAACUGAAGAAAAAUUAAACGUCCGUCAACAAACAGGUUCAGGUAGUAGGUAAUUCAGUAUCGUACAUUAUGUGUUUAUUUCAUUAUUUUUCUUCGAUUGCCACGUUUUGAUAAAAUUCGUCUUUUAUUUAAAAUUCUUAAUAAGAUAUUUAAUGAAACUGCUAUUGUAAUCCCGUUAGCAGUUCCUGUCUUCUGUUAAAAUGCCAACUGCAUAAACAGAGCUAUUCCAACUGUCGAUAUUCAAUUAUCAUAUUGAACUUCUAUACAUUGUUACAUAAGUUAUUUUUGACAGACAGAGAGAAACUCUUUUUUUUAAAUUUAGGUGUAACAAAUUCAUAAAGCCUUUCUUAUAAAAAAAAAAUUAACGCUAUCGUUCAAAUCUGUGAGGAUUUCCUUUCUUUUUUCAUUGUUUGAGUAACCUACGACGGUCUUAUUAUAUAAUUAAAACCAUAUGAUUUCUAAGUUUAUUCGAAUACGAAUUACAAAUUCAAAUAAAAAGAUAUCUUAUAGAUUUUCUGAAUAUUCGAUUAUAUAAUGAAGUUAAAUAAAUAAAUGCAAUUUCAAAAUGUGUUUUAUAUAUGUGUAUAUUAUAAUUACCCAAAGUAUAAAAGAAAGAACUAGUUACCAGUAAUUGAGUAUAUGCGCCCCAUGAACGUACAUUGAUACGCAUGUGCACAGCAUCCCUCUGCCC